AUGUACAUCUGUUUGGCAGCAGUCAAAGAAGGGUUUAUAAGUGGUUGGAGGAACCUAAUUGCCCUUGACGGAUGUUUUUUGAAGGGAGUUGUAAAAGGGCAGAUUUUGGUGGCUAUUGGGAGAGAUGGCAACAAUCAGAUGUAUCCUAUAGCUUGGGCAAUUGUGGAUAAGGAGACAACAGAAACUUGGUCUUGGUUUCUUGAGCAACUAAGUGAUGAUCUAAACAUUGGAGAUGGACUAGGAUGGUCUAUUAUAAGUGACAUGCAAAAGGGCCUAAUCCAUGCAAUCAAUGAAUUAUUACCACACAUUGAGCAUAGAAUGUGUGCAAGACACAUCUAUGCAAGAUGGGGAAAAAGCUAUCCGGGGAAGGAUUUACAGAUUCAAUUCUGGAAUAUUGCAAGAUCUACAAGUGAACCUGAAAUGAAGAAACAAAUUGAGAAAAUGAAAGAACUAAAAGGUGGAGCAAAAGCUGUGGAGGAAUUAUUGGAUAGAUGGCCAAUUUUAGAAUCGAGAAGCAAGCCAAUAAUUACAAUGCUUGAAGAUAUUAGGCAGUAUGUAAUGACUAGAAUUGUAGUGAAAAAACAAUAUGCAUUGAAGUGGAAAAAUUCUUGUGGGCCUAAUAUUGUUUCUAGGAUUGACAAGGAAAGGAAAAAUAGUUCCAGGUGGUAUGUAGAAUGGAAUGGUGGUGCAAGCCAUGAGGUUUUUAGAGAUGAUUUAGUGCAGCAUGUAAGGGAGGGAUAUGUAAUAUUGCUUGCAUGCCAAAGCUGUUCUUGUGGGAAAUGGAAUAAAAUGGGAAUUCCUUGCGAACAUGCAUUGGCUGUUAUUUCGUUUAAUGGGGCGGAUCCAGAAAAUUUUGUAGCUGACUGGUUUAAAAGAGACAUAUACUUGAAGGCAUAUAGUUCCACUAUCAAUCCAGUAAAAGGAAGUGAAUUUUGGCAACUAGUGAUGAAGAUCCCAAGUGAAAUCCCCCAAGUUGAGGCAACUCCAGUACUAAAUGAGACCAAUAUUGGAUUAAGAAUGCAGAGCAGGCAAAGAAAAAUGGCAAGAGCUAUUCAAGCAUCUAAAGGGAAGAAACAAGUUCAUACUAGUGCUCAAGGUUUUGUAACUAUCAUUAGGGGUGCUCAUCAUGGUGGAGUAAUUGUUGGGAGGGACAAUCCACAAUUUAAUUCAUUCAUCACUGCUGGCCAAUUAAAUGCACUGAAAAGUAGGAAUACUAAUGCAAAUUAA